UAUGGCGAGGAGUUGACUGAUAUGGAGAAACCCCGAACUAACCGGACUGCUCUCGACGUCGGUUGUUUCCGCUGGUUGGUGAACAUCCGAGUCGGGUAUCUUGUUCUCCGGGUGAAGGACCGCUGCCACAUAGAGCCUUACCUUCCCUGCCGUUUCGCACGUCAGUUUGGCUAUGACCAACUAUACGUUGGGAAUCCGAGUCGUAGUUUGCGUGUUGAGGGAGGACUCGUUGACGGCGUACGGGCGUGGUUAUGGACCAUGGUUGGCUGCACCGGGGCUCAGUUUGCUCUUCCCUCCUAUAAACGCAAGCCGAUGAUUACCUUCCUCAGCUGUAAAUGGUUCCUCUCUGCCGAUGAAUCCAUAAGUGUGAGGAGUCUUUCGGAACUAGAAUCCGAUCACUUGGUUCAAUCUGCUAUGAUGGCUGCUCGCAGGGCUGAGCCUGCUCAGAGACAGAGGAAGAAGUCCACCGGAAUUCCCGAAGGGGAGUAUGCAGAUAUAGAUACCGACCAAGCAGAACUUGAUACAGGUGGGGUAGCCGACGACCAUGGGUCGCUCGCUUCCCGUCGUGCGAAAUCCAAGUUUGGUGGCCAAACUUCGCAUGACCGCCCCGUUGGUUCUAUGAGGGGUGAUCCUUCGAAAAGGAAAAAGAUUGCCCAUAAACCUCAUGUUGAUCAGCGCUCCCAUGGGGUAGAUUCAGGAGGCUUUGCCGACGGGGAGGAAGGGUUCUUCGAGGAGGGCGAGCUUCCACCAGGUCCGGUAUUCUCUGGGGCUGACAACAUGGACUGCUUCAUGCAGCAGGUGUGCGACGCCCUUCGUGAUGGCUCCCUGGGCAUUGAUCUGAACAUCGAUCUUGGGCAGGCAGAUGGUGUUGAUCCCACCGGUUCAUUUUCAGAUAUACCUACAUCCGGUGCUGCAGGUGUUGCGACAGAAGGGCCAGACGGGGAUGGGGCCUCCCCUAUUGCAGAUUUCGAAGAGCAGGGAUAUGUUCCUGCACCGGUCUUCCCGAGACCUGACUCUGGACUGUUAGCCGAUAUGUUAGCUGAACAAGCUCCCACCGGGACUGUGAGACCACUCUUUGAGAGUGAUUCAUCCACAGGCGCUGUACCUGAUUCUGCUAUAGCUUCGGGUGUUUUCCCGCCUUCGCCUAAUACGACUGACUUGCCCACGAGGGUUGAUAUACCUUCCAUGAGCAUUCCUGUCGUUACUUCGGAGCCUGUCGAACCCCAACCCGAGGGGAUUUCCGCCGGUAUAGGUUCUCGACCGUCUCUAUAUGAGCAGGUCCAUGCUCUCUUGGCCGAUACCAAUCCAGAUGGGGAUGUCUUCCGCACUGACCUCGGCUUCUUUACUGCCUUUUAUAACGGCGUGAUUGAUAAGCUUCUGCACAGAGGGUCUUCUUUUGAUCAGUUCAGGCGUUCCUUCUCCCGUCACAUGAUGAUGAUGAGGGAAGAGGGAUAUCCGGAUUUGGCCGAUUCCUUUACAGCUGAUUUCGCUGCCCUGGAGUCAGAGAUUCGAGAGCUGAGGGAGUUGAAGGCUGGUGGAGCUCCCUCUUUUGCAUCUUCUCAGGUGGAGGAUAGGUUGACGCAGUGGCAUGAACUGCGAUCUUCCGUUGGCAGCGAGCUUCGAUCACGUGAGCGCACUGUCGAGCAGCUGAUGGCCUCUCUGGCGAGGAAAGACACCAGCAGAGCUGAGUUAGUGAGCUCCUUAGAUUCCACUCGUGCAGAGAUAGCUAGACUGAAGGAGGCCUUGGAACGCGCCGAAGAAUCUGCCGCUACCAUUUCUGAGGAACUGGUUGGGUUGGAGCGUUCUCGUGAAUGGACACUCGACAGGCUGGGAUCAGUGCAGGAGGGGUUGAUGAAGCUACGACACGAAGCCGCAGAGGUUCUCAACAGUUCCGAAGAUUCUGUCCGAGCUAGCCUGCAGGCGGAGUUCGAGCAGGACUAUAUGGACAGGCUCUCUGGUUUAGAGUCUCAUAUUCUUAGCCGUCGGUUGCCUUCGGACUAACGAGCUUUUGUUGUAUGCUUUUGACUUGAUUUAUUAAUAGAAAAUCCGCAUUUGCUUCUUUUGU